ACAGUAUCCCAGCCACUGCCACACUCGCUGUGGCCAGGAUGGGUCCAGGGCAGAUGACAUAACCCAGCUCAGGAACUCAAGGCUGGGGAAACUGAAAGGAGUCAUCCCACCUGGCUGUUGCUCCAGCCCCCACGUGCCACACCGCACCACGUGACCGCCACCCUUCAGUUCCAUGGACCAGGCGGAGAGAAACCCAGGCCAGCCCCUCUCCAUUCCGUCCUCCCAGGGCAAGAAGAAAAGGACAUCAAUGGCAUCAUUCCUCUCCAAGGUUUCCUGGAAACUGAGGUUCCAGAAGCGGGAACCUAUGAAGAAUGCAUUCUUGCUCUUGGCAGAGAGAGCCCAAGACCCCAGUGCUAGGAAGCGGCACAUGGCAAUGAGGGGGCUGGGGACCCUGGCCUGUGAGAGCCCCGACAAGCUGAGAAAGUAUAAGAAACUUGUUCUUGACCUGCUGGUACAUGGGCUGUAUGACCCCAUGAGUUCUGAAGUCAUCCACGAGAGCAUGAAGACUCUGUCCAUCAUCCUGAACAAGAUCCAGGGGAAAGGCCUGGGCUCCUUCUUCAUCGACAUCACUCUCCAGACCAGAACUCUGUUGGAUGAUGAGAACGACAGCCUGAGAUACUCAGCCUUCGUCUUGUUCGGGCAGCUGGCUGCCUUCGCUGGGCGGAAAUGGAAGAAGUUUUUCACCAGGCAGGUGAAGCAGACACAGGAUUCCCUCCUUAUCCACUUGCAGGACAGGAACCCCCAGGUGGCCAAGGCUUGCAAGACAACAUUUAGAGCCUGUUCCCCCUACUUGAUACAAAGGAAGGAAUACAGCUUCCAGAGUGAAGAUGAGCCGAGGAAUCCGAAGCUCUGUAGGCAGCUGGCAAUGACAAAAGCACCUGGAGGAUUAUGCACAGGACACAUUGGCUGUGGCUGUUUAGAUCCUCAGUGGAGAGCAGGCCACCCUGCCGCCAUCACUGGCCAUCAAGACGGCUUGUUCUCGUGCUUGGUAAUCAACAACCGUCUUCUCUUUCCACGGUCAAGGGACCUGACUGAAUCUUCCCUCAUGUGUACCUUUGCUAAUUUCUUUCAGAGCCAUUAUCAUCCAGAGCUCCUGCAGUUCUUCUAUGCAAAUAAAAUUCUGUAAACUCAGAGCAGCAGGAAUGGUUCCACGUGAGCACAGCCCAAAGGGCCAAGAACCCUCCUCUUGCAACACUCCGGCUGCUUCUGCUUGCCUCUUGGGAUUGAUACAGAAAUGGGGGUAUUGGGGAGCGAUGGAUGGUACAAGUAAUACUGCAAAAGUGUAUACUUAUAACCAAAGUUAAUUCUAAAGUGCUUUCACAGAUUUCAUCCCCUACCCCUACAAAUUACAUGUAAGGUACAUAGUGUAUCUCAAGUAGAUAGACACUUAGUGUUUAUUGCUUUCCCCUUCAUCUCUCUCUCACUUUUUAUUUUUAAUUUCAGAGGCUUAGGAGAAUAACUGUUGCCUUAAGUAGUUUUAAAAGUUUUAGAAGUCUGCUAUUGAUACUUUUCUAUUUGCUAUUGAUAUACUUUUUUUUUUGGCAAGACUGAGUUAAACUUAGCAGAGGUGCCAUAAAGGUGGUUUGGAGAGGUUCAGCAGUUGAAGACUAUUCCAAACAAGAAUCAACAAAGAGAAAAAUAAAAUUCAUAAAUCACAGGUUGAAAGCGCUCAGGCUAAUGAUGAGUCUGUGGAAUGACAGUAGUAAGUAAUGUUAGUGAUAGUGUUUAUAAUUCACUGGGCACUGUCUAAGAGUUUUGCAUGUACUGUGCAAUACUGGCAAGAAAAUAAACAGAUCUCUAUAAGAUA